AUGGCGGCCAGACAGUCCGUUCGGCUGCUUGCACGCCAGAUCACUUCGCAAUGCUCACACUCCCAAACCCAAGCUCGCCGGGCUUUCUCCUACACCCCUGCCUCUCUGGCUGCACAGAAUUUUACGAUGCCUGCAAUGUCUCCCACUAUGACUGAGGGCAAUAUCUCAAGUUGGAAGGUCAAAGAGGGCGACUCCUUCUCUACUGGCGAUGUCCUGCUGGAAAUCGAAACGGACAAAGCCUCCAUGGAUGUGGAGGCCCAGGAAGACGGCGUGGUGGCUAAGAUCUUCUCCAGUGACGGAACCAAGGGUGUGAAGGUUGGCACAAGGAUAGCCGUCCUUGCAGAACCCGGUGAUGACAUCUCGAGUCUUGAGAUACCAGCAGACGAAGCGAAACCGGUAUCCUCAGAAGCCGACAAUGUGAAAGGAGGCAAGGAUUCUAGCUAUGAGAGCUCGGGUGUUGAAAAGGAAGUCGAGGGGACACCACAGAAUAAGAGACCUUCAAAAGACAAGCCUAAGACAAGUCCGACCGGGCCAGGCCAGAAUCCCAAAUAUCCCCUAUACCCCUCCGUCAUUGCUCUCGUCCACGAGAAUCACCUCUCCGACGCGGACGUGGCCAAGAUCCCUGCCACAGGACCGAACAAUCGUCUACUAAAGGGCGACAUCCUAGCCCAUCUUGGAGCGAUUGAGCAAGACUAUCCCGCGGAGCAAUCAAAACGUAUCACCCACCUAGGUCACCUCGACCUCAGCAACAUCAAGAUCCAAGCACCACCAGCCAAGUCGCCCGCCACAUCUGCAGCAGCAGUAGCAUCGGAGCCAGAGCAGCCCAAAACCACCUCUAUCGCUCUGAACAUCUCCCUCUCGGAAGUCCUCAAAGUCCAGAAGCGAAUCAAAGACACCCUGGGCCUCUCCGUACCCCUUUCCACCUUCCUCGCCCGCGCCAUCGAUCUUGCCAACGACGACCUACCUCUCGCUAAAGGCGCCAAACCUUCAGCAGACGCCCUCUUCAACGCCGUCCUCGGCCUCGACACCAUCCCCACCACAUCAAGAGCCGCAUACCUACCACAGAUCGACGCCUUCUCAAUCCCCCUGACUCCCGCUGUCUCAAGGCCAUCCAGAGCGAAAGUCCCCGAUAUCAUCGACAUCCUCUCCGGCAAAGUCAUCCGACGCACCGCGGCGUCAUCACGCUCCACCGCUCCCCGCCCGGCAAGAAAUAUCACCACCACAACCGACGGUGCUGUGAAUGUAUUCAGCCUCUCCGUGCCCGUGGGAGAGGAGAAGCGCGCGCGCACGUUCCUCGAACGCGUCAAGACCGUCCUACAAGUCGAGCCUGGUAAACUGGUGUUGUGA